AUGCCAUCCCCCGAGAUCACACCGGCACAUUCAUACGAGCCCCGGGCAGCGAGCGGCCAUGUCAACCUCAUGGUCGACACGUUAAUCGCUAAUAUGCGCCCUGAAGACUUGCGAGCCAUAAUGCGUACCUUGCUUGCGACGCAUUCCCCAGCGCUUGCAUCGGCUUUCACAGAUAUCGCGAGAGCACGACUCGUCCAAAUAAACGCCCAGGCCUUGCCACCAUCGUCGACAGUCUUCGUGACGACUUCCCCCUCUGGCUUGUCCAAGCCAGCGCCGAGCCUUGAAGAGGUCCUAAAACGAGCAAGGUCACUAUAUGGCGCCGGGAUGGGAUUCGCUAGCCUGUCUUUGCUAGCUUCAAUAGUUCGGGACACAUGGGGUAGACGGUGGGAAGCUGAGGGGGAGAUGAUCGAUGCUCUGACCAUGAUCGAUGCCGAUAUUACGCAGGCACUCCAGAGCUCGAGAGAGGAGCUAGAAGGCGGUCGCAUCGCCGAUCUAGCGGCCGCGCGCGCAGCAGCAGCCGAGUUGAGAGAAGCUUUGAAGGGUAGUGACGCGGAGGUUACGACCUGGGGUGGAGAAUUUCCGUUCGAAAGAGGUGCUGCUAGUAUGGAUCAUUGGAAGUUUUAG